UAAAAGAAAAGCUCAAAACAUCAACACAGGAUACGAUACAAUCCUAAAUUUUUCAUUAUUUUCGGUAUUUCCCCGCAUUUUCCUUAAACUAAAAAUGGCCCAAAAAACUCCUACAAAAACUCCUGUAACAAUUUUGCAGGAAAAGUGUGUUAAGGAAAAGAGGAAUGUUCCAAUUUAUCAAGAAAUUCCCAGUGGAGAAGAAAAAGUUUUUACAAUUCAAGUUGAGGCUCUUGAUGUGGUAGCGGUAGGCAGUGCUCGAUCGAAGCAGGAAGCAAAGCACCUGGCAGCCAGUAAUUUGUUAGCACUUAUAGAGAACGACUCGGAAACGUACGUGGUUCCUUUUAAGAAGGUUGCUGAAACAGACUACGUUGGCACACUCCUGGACAUCUGUGUGAGCAGGAAUUUCCCCAUAGCGCAAUUUGUGCAGGUGGAUGCCUGUGGACCAUCCCAUGCUCCAUCCUUCACGUUCAAGUGCGAAGUAGCCAAGAUGCAGAAAACUGCAACACAUUCCACGAAGAAGGGUGCCAAGCAGCUGGUGGCGAAGGAAAUGAUUGACCUCAUCCAGCAGAUGUAUCCGGAUGACAAGAAGGUUCUCGUCCGCGUAGCUGAUGCCAUGGACCAUGAGCAGGAGAGAACAGAUGGAUUGUUCAAGAGCUACCGCGAAUGGAAGAAUUCCGAUGCAAAAGUCCUUCCGGGUGUUAAACUUGCGGACAGGCACAAUUUCUUCGUGAACGUUGAGCCACAGAAGUAUGCCAAUGCAAUAGCUGUGCUACAGAUGAAUGAGCCAGAUGAGGAGAAGGCAUUCCUCCUGGCAAAAGCCCUCGGAUUUGAGCUUAUUGUCACGCCGGAGAUUGAUACGAAUGGUCCGUAUCUUAUUGUGGAGAUGGAUUGCGACUUCGAGACAGUUCACAUUGGUCGUGAGGACCAAGUUUUCAGAGAAUUCCUGUCCUAUAUGAGAGUUAUGCUCAAUAAAUCCUACCUAUAAAGUCUAUCUCUCCCCCAAUUGACGCAUAUAAAUUUCCCUGAUUAAUGAAGCUAAUUUGUAAACCAAUUUUCGGCCGUGAAUACUGAAAUACACAGAUACACAAUGAAUUAACAUAAAA